CAUGAUUUUUCUUAGUUAUAAUGCCGCCAUCUGCAUUGGAGCACUCCACACGCUUGAACAUCAACUAUCCGAUGCUGUUCAAGCUCACCAACAAGAAAACCUCACGGCAAACACAUUGCGGAGUGCUGGAAUUCAUCGCCGACGAGGGUAAAUGCUACCUCCCGCUGUGGAUGAUGCACAAUCUGGUGCUAUCCGAAGGCGACGCGCUGCAAAUCGAGUCAAUUAACCUCCCCGUCGGGUCAUUUUCCAAAUUCCAACCGUUAAAUCCCGACUUUUUGGAUAUAACCAACCCGAAAGCGGUGUUGGAGAACUGCUUACGCACGUUUGCAUGUCUCACCACUGGCGAUGUCAUCGCAGUGCAGUAUAAUCAGAAAGCUUACGAGCUGUGCGUGCUCGAAACAAAACCUAGUAAUGCAAUCAGCAUUAUUGAGUGUGAUAUGAAUGUUGAAUUCGCUGCGCCUGUCGGUUAUCGAGAACCAAAAGUGGCGAAAAAAGACGAGGAUGACGAAGCGGUUGAUCCUGCUUACCUGAUGCCUGGCCCAUCGCACUUUGUCCCUUUUGCAGGCAGCGGCAAUCGCCUCGAUGGCAAACGGCGCAAAAACUCAGGUUCGGCGGAUUGCCCACCGCCGAAACCGGUUUAUGUACGUGGUAUUCCCGAUUACGAUUACAAACCCGGCUUUUUGCGCUUUAUACGCCGCGUGGACAAACCCGCCGCCGCCAAGGAAGAGAAACCCGAGGAAUUCAAGCCGUUUCAGGGCGCCGGCAAGACUCUCACCGUCAAGUAAGCCCAAUUUCUCCUUCCUACUUCCCAAUCGUUUAGCUGUGAAGCAACGUGAACGAUUUAAAUAUUAAUUUAUAAAAUAAAUCUUAAUAAACACGCGUAUUUUGUGCAAA